AUGGGCAGCUCAAGUAAGAAGCACACUACCAGCAAGGGCAGCAAAAGCGACGGCAAAAAAGUCAGCGCCGGCCAGGUAAACCCCAAUGAGGCAUACGAUCCCAAGACUGAAGGCUGCGACACAACCAUGACUGCAUCCUUUGGUUCUAUUGAAGUGUGGAAUGGGUAUUCAGAGCCCGAAACCUUGACGCAGGAAGUUGUGGAUGCGCGAAAGGAGAUGCGUCGCCAACCGACAAGCGACUUUGCCGACGGAAGUUGCGACAAGAUGCUUCUUCGAACCGACACAAACCCCUACACCAACGAGGCGCCAUACUCGAGCUCUUCCAAGAAGAAUAGCAGCAGUAGUAAGAAGAAGAAGAAGAAGUGA